AAUGCCGGAGAGCUAUGCCUAAUAGAAAUGUUCAUAUUUCAGCAAAGCAACAUGGCGCCCCAGUCCCCACGAAGCCUGCACUGUGCAGCCCGCUUCCCUUCUGCCUCUUCUCGCUUGCCUUGUGCCUGGCAGCAGUGUCUGGCCUGCCUGCCUGUCUACCCUGUCCCCCAGCCUGCCGCUGCUUGCACUGGGAUUCCUCCUGUACGGUUAACUGUUCCAAGGCUGGGCUUCCACAGGCACCAGGAAUGAUGGACCUGCCUCCCAACACCACUGUACUGGAUCUUUCAUACAAUGGCAUUAUCUCGAUAGAUGAUAACCUUUUGGACAAUCUGACUUCCCUGGAGAAGUUGUAUCUUCAGGGCAAUAAUAUUAGUAGUCUUUUUAAAGAAAUCUUCGCUGGUAGAAGAUGUUUAUCAGAUAUAGACAUAAGCAACAAUCAGAUAUCUACUUUAGAAGAUGGAAUAUUUGCAGAUUUAUUUAAUUUAAGUAAAAUAAACUUGAGUUUUAAUGAGUUUGUCUGUGACUGUAACCUUUCGUGGUUACCAGCCUGGAUGAGUGAGGAAGAAGCAAAUGGUGUGAUCAUCGUGGAUAGUGAGUUCAUAAAGUGUGCCAAACCUUCAAAGCUGAAAGAUGUGUCUGUGUUAAAUGUUAAUUUUUCAAGCCUUCUCUACGGGUCCGAGUUUGCAGCGUGCUCACCUGAUAGACAAUCUCUAGUCAAUUUAUCCUUGGUGUCAAAUUGGAUCUCCAGCAGAGAAAACUGCACAGCAUUAUGUUUCAUUGAGGGUGAGCGGUAUGCUGCCUUGGACAAUGAAAGUCAUUGUCUAUGCGGUUCUGAACUGGCACCAGAUUCAGAUGCUAUUUGUAUACAAGAAGAGAUAGAUAGAGAGUUUAUUCAGGUCUGUGGCUGCACUAUUAUUGAACAAGCAUUCGAAGUUACAGUUGCGAAUUUUGCUGACCUACGCACUUUUAGCCUUUUUGAGGCUGCACGCCUGACUGUUAAGACUUUAAUUAACAUUAGCACUUUCCAGUGGGACUUUGGAGAUCUGUCUCCACCUUUUAACACUACCAGCCAUGUGGUGUUCCACAAAUAUGGUCUCCCAGGGACAUACCUGGUCAGUGUCGCAUUCUGUGUAGGCAGCAAGCCUACCUCUCUGCAUGUAGAAAUACACGUCGCCAUUCCUCCAGGAAGAUUGGAGGUGCAUUGUCCUCCUGUUGUGCAGACAAAUAAAAGCAUUGAUGCUAAGAUCCAAAACUGGAACAGCAACAGUGUUACAGCAUCGUGGAGUAUUACAACAUCUAGUAAUGGUACAAUAAAAGAUGCUCCAUUUUGUACAUUAGGUGGAUAUCAGAGCAAUAAUCACUGCUACAGGUUGGUUACAAAUAACUCCACAUGGCAAAUGGCUCGUCAUUUUUGUCAAUCUCACAGCGAUGGUGACCUGGCAAUUAUAAAAAGUCCAGAAAUUCAGAAUUUUAUAGCAAACAUUACAGGAUGCGAGCAUCCUGUGUGGAUAGGUCUCAGUGAUACUGCUGGUGCUGGAACACUGCAGUGGGUGGACGGGUCCACCCUUGAAAACUUUCAGGAAUGGUUGCCUGGGCAACCAAAUACACUACUCAGUAACACCUGCGUGCUGAUGGGUGCAAACCUUGCAGGAGAAUGGAAAACAGAUCUCUGUACCACGAGAAGAAAUUUUGUGUGCGAAUACAGAGUUGGAGAAAAGAUUCCAGGUGCCAAUUACAAUCUAUUGGGAUCUCCAGCAUUUAGCACCCACUUACCUGUAAAAAAUAUCACCGUGAACUACAAUUCAUCAACACCUUCAGAACUGGUGGAGCUCAUGGUCUUCCCAGGUCUUUGGUUCAAUCAUAAUGGUUUUGUGUCAGUGCUCGAAUUAGCCACACAAAAUCUGAACCAGACUAUCCAGGUGAAAUUUAAGAUCUACCGACCAAAAUGUGCUGGAAAAGACAUGCAACUUGUGACACCAGACAAUGAAGAAGUAUGUUCGUCAUUUGCUUUUUGCUUACCUCGAACUCUCAGCAACACCACCCAUGGCUGUAACAGUGACACUAAAUGGUGCAGUUUGGCUGAAACUUGCUUACCGCUCAAAAGACCCUGUGGUACCGAUGUCUUUAUUAGGUGUCCAAAUUUACUCCCGCCUCACUUCAUCGAAAGCCAUCCACUUUACGACCUUGUGAAGGAAGUUCCUUGUACAGUACCAGCCAACAGCUCAACUCAUUAUGUACUCCUGCUGAGAAAUGAAAGGAUUGAAGUGCAGUCCAAUGACAUCAUAGCCAUUCAACACGAUGGCAAGCCUGGAAGCUUCCUACAGUGUCAACAGAAUGAUUCAUCACCCUGGCAACAGAGUUACUACAGUGUAGUCUACUCUGGGGAGAGCAAGGACCUUUGGAUAAAUCUGACUGAUAGCAACCGGACAGAUGGUACUGUGUGCAAUCUUCGUGUGCUUUAUACUCACAGGCAAGAAACUAAUGCCAGCAGUCCACUGCUUCGCAAUGGGCAGCAAUCACCAGGUGUUUAUACUUACCAAGUAAUGAUGGAAAGUGGGCCCUUUUCCAGCAAUGCAUCUUGCACUGUUCAGGUGUUGGCCCCAAUUACUGACUUCAGUGUUAUUUACCCACUGAAACAAAAUGGUGUGUUCUAUGUGCCAAAGAAUCGAGCUGUCAUCAUUGUUAAGGUUCAGUCAUCUGGAAAGGCAUUAACAAGUUGGUCUGGGAGCAAUCAGAACUUCAGCUGUGAAAUGACUUGCCCCUCAGAGCUCUCCUCCAACUGUGAAAAGGAUGGUAAUACCUGUUUUUCACGUAUCCCGCUGACUGUCAAAGAUUGUAAUUUAACCAGCAUCACCAUCACCGCAAAGAACAAGGUUAGCUCUGUUAAUAAGAUGGUAACAGUGAGAGCUGAAGAUCCAGUCGAAGGACUGACAAUUUUGCCUGACCCAAGUAUUCGGGUGUUGUCCAACUCUCUGGUGACCUAUACAGCAAGAGUGAGUUCUGGAACAAAUGUCAUGUUUAAAUGGACUGUUGAUGAUAAGGCUUCCUUCAUACACUACAAUCAAGUGUACAAAGUCAUUUACCGAACUGAAGCUGUUUACCAACUCUCACUGAUCGCAUCCAACCACGUGAGCAGCCAGAAGAUUAUUUGCAAUGUUACAGUGGACAGGAGGAAUCCCUUAGCUGAGUUCAAUGUCUCUGCUGUUCCAGCCAUCCUUGUGCGAGGCUUCCUAUACACGUUUGCUGCCAGUGUGAAGGUAGAUGCAGCUGUAAAUGCUACAUUCAGGUGGAGUUUUGGAGAUGGGAGCGGCGAUCAGGUUUAUCAGUUCACGUGCCCAUAUAACCUCAGUCUUUCAGUCCCUCAGCUGACAGUCAAGCAAGCAGUGCUGCAACAAAAUGUUACACACGUAUACCAAAAGCCAGGCACAUCAUCUCAUGUGGGAAUCAGCCUGUAUGGCAGAGAAGACAAGAGUGGUCACAGACACCUGGACAGAGAGGACGCUUUUCACAGGAACAGUGUGAACAUUUUUCAGAUUGCGACUGAUAACAGCCUUGGUAACAUCUGGAAGAUUCGGGUCUGGCACGACAAUAAAGGUCUUACCCCAUCAUGGUACCUGCAGCAUGUAAUAAUUAAGGAUCUACAGACCAAUAACAGUUACUAUUUCUUGGUCAAUGACUGGUUAGCUGUUGACAAUGAGAGGAAUGAAGGUCUGGUGGAAAAGGAGGUCCUAGCUGCAACGGAGGCCAAACUGAAGGACUUUUCCCGCAUAUUCACUGGGGAAAUCCAAAGAGGAUUCUCAGAAGGGCACAUUUGGCUAUCAAUUUGGGAUCGUCCUCCUCGCAGCUGCUUCACCAGAGUCCAGAGGGUUACUUGCUGCCUUGUACUAAUAUUCCUCUUUUUCUGUGCCAGUGCAGUGUGGUACGGAAUCAUAAGUGAUGGAAGCAAAAGUGAUGUUCCAGUUUCAACAUUGGUUCCUCUGAGCGGAGAGAGUGUAGCGGCUGGCAUUGUAUCCAGUAUAAUCAUCUAUCCACUCUAUCUGAUCAUCAUUCUGCUUUUCCGCAAAGCCCAGAGCAGGGUAGCUAUGCACGAUCCAGGUCAACACGAAUCAAACGUUCUGGAAAUUGAUGAUUAUAUUGAUUCCUCAACUGCAGGCAGUUCUUUUUUAACAUUUGCAGACAAUAUGGAGGAGGAUUACAAAGAGAAGCUAAAGUCUGAUAUAAUUGCCAACAGCAUGCCGAAUUGGCCAGCCUAUGACAGCAUGAUGAAUUGGCCAGAUUUGUUGAAUGAUCAACCCAUUAUAGGGAGUAACAUUCCAAAGUUAAGGAGAGGCCGAGGAACUCGCCAUCUCGGAAUAGAGACACAACUGAGUUCAGAUGAUGAACCCCUCUCGCUUGGCAUUGAUCAAGUCAGGAACAAAUAUUUCUCCGCUUCAGAUGAACACCUGAUACAAAGAAUUAACUUCGACGGGAACAAUGAGGUGUCCACCUCAUAUGACAGUGGCAGAAUCUCACUAGAUGCUGAAAGUCACUUGAUAUCUAACCUAACGGAGAUCAUUGAUGGGAGUAAACAACCCCGAGCAGAGGCACCAAUCCUAGACCAGAUUAGUGAUAAUGGUCGGAUCAUCAGACCUCAUCAAGGCAUCGCACGAUCAGCUAUGACCAGAAGAAUAGCUUUCACUGAUCCUCCACAACAAUGUCUCUUCCCAUUCUGGUGCAGUUAUACAGCCCAUGUCCUCUGCUUGGUCCUCUUCUCUGGAUGCUUCACUGUAUCCAUAUGGAUUGGUAUUAACUUCACCUCCAGCAUUGCCCUCAUGUGGCUCAUCUCAGGAAUCUUCAGUGUUCUCUCUUCAUUCUUCCUCCUGGAACCGCUGAAGGUUCUGACUGAAGCACUUUACUUCGCGGUGGUUGCUAAGCGCAUCCAUCCAGAUGAAGAUGACAAUUUAGUAGCGAAGCCACGAGUUGAACAGACUUCGGAAAAAAUCAGCAAAGUACGGCCUCCUCAAGGAUAUGGCCUUCUUCAAGCUAAGGAGGAGGCCAGGAAGGUUCAGAUUCUUCACAGAAUGCUCAAGAACUUUAUCAUCUAUAUGUUGUUUCUGCUCGUGGUCCUGUUGAUUAAUUAUGGAGAUUCAUUCAGAGAUGCGCAGAGCAGACUCCUGCAUAGUUCAAUAAGACAAGGCCUGUUAGGGCCCAGAAAGGGGGUUGAAUUCCAGAAAAUCAAGAGAUCGGAGGAGCUUUGGAAAUGGAUGGCAGAGGUGCUCCUACCGUACCUGUAUAACAAUAGAAGUAGGACACUUUUGGGAUGUCCACGAAUACGCCAAAUCCGUUCAAAAGUAAACAAUGUUCAAUGUCUUCAGCAACUUCCGUCAUUACCAAUAACUACACAGUGCCUACAGGACACCAGGCUUCACGAUAACAGUGAUCAUGAGGCUGGCUGGAAGAGUCCAGUUACAAAUCUGAGUGAUACAUGGUCAUACUCAUCACCUGAUCUACCAGGGGUGUGGUACUGGGGCCAGAACGCUCUAUAUGACAGUGGUGGAUACAUACAGAAACUUGGCAGGACGAGGGACCAGAGUAAUUACACGCUGUGGAAUUUACAGGAAAGAAAUUGGCUGGAUGGAAAGACAAGGGCCAUCUUCAUCGAAUUUACCCAGUAUUUCCAAAAUGUGGAUUUGUACAGUGUAGUCACCCUUCUCAUGGAGUUCCCAUUCUCGGGGGGAGCGACCACCAUCAUUGAUAUUAAACCAUUCUCACUGCUGCAGCUGAGUACUGGAGUGGAUUUUCUGCUCAUCAUGAUGAUUUUCCUCAUGCUCUUCAUUCUUUAUUUCACUGUUACCGAAUUGCUGUUGAUCAGCCACAGAGGCAAAUCUUAUUUUCUUCAGUUCUGGAACUAUCUGCAGUGGUGCAUCAUUAUUCUCAGUAUCUGCUGUGUGGUCGUGCAUCUGAAACGUGCCAGAAUUGGCGACAAGCAGUGGGCAAUAUACCGUUCCAAUCCAGACAGCUUCACCAACUUUUACCAGAUGGCAUACCUGAGCUAUGUAUUUACCAGUGUGACUGCCAUCCUCCUUUUUCUGUUGACUGUUAAGGCUGCCCGACAACUGCGAUUUAUCAGGAAGUGGUCCAUCUUUGGGAAAACACUAUAUAAUUCUGCAAAGGAACUGAUGGCAGUUGGUGCAACAUUGGUUGGUCUUGUUCUUGCCUACGCACAGAUUGGUUAUUUGGUUUUUUCAGCUAACCUCGAUAACUUCAAGACAGUUGGAGGCAGCAUUCUUUCCCUGUUUGCUGUGAUUGAAAAAGGAGUUUGCUUCAAGCAGUGCCUCUUUGAGUACCCAAAUCUCUGCUACAUAUACUACACCAGUUACGUCACCAUUGAGGUGGGGAUUAUACUGCAGCUGUUUGCUGUGGUACUAAUUCAGAAUUACAAGAUAAUGAAGUCAGAGAUGUACAGGCCUGCAGUUGAACCACAAGAUCAUGAGCUGGUGGAAUUAUUCGUCAAAAGACUGAAGAUGUGGAUUGGUAUAAGCAAAGAGAAAGAAUUCCGCCAUAAAGUCAAAUUUGAAGGAAUGGUUUCCUUACCUUCCCGGUCUUCUAGAGAUUCUAAAUCAACCUGUCUCCACACGGCCAGCACCAUCUCCGAUAUCUCUUCAUCUUCUAUUUCAAGCGUUUCCGUUCCAGUGGACACUUUUCCUGUCGUCAGCCCAAACAAAGUAGCACAAAUUGAGAUAAAUAUUCACCGCCUGGUUCCACUGUUCGAAACACUGCUCGAACAAUUUGACAGGGUAAACAUGGCAACAGAGGAUGUCUACCAGAUUGAGUGCAAACUGAGAAAUGCCCAGGACAGAAUGCACCAGAAGAAGAUUAACAAAAAGGCUGAAGAGCUAUUUGCAGCAUACAGCCGGAUCAGAGUCCGAAGACGGGGUGACAAUCUCCAUUCAUCUCUUUGGAACUCGAGGGGCAAUACAAAGACAAAUAACACUCAGGAUGGGCAGCAACUUGGAAAUAUCCCAUUAGCUGAAGACAGUACAAAGCAGGCUCUCAGAGGGAAAGGGCCUCACCCACCUCGAAGGAAGUGUAAAACUUCAGACAAGAAAUGGCAGCGCAGAGCUUCAGGUGAUCAAAUGCCUGAAAGCAGCGAGUAGGACUUAGAAUUGUACAGCACAUAAGGUCAUGCAGCCCAUCAUGACCUGUGCCAGCACCCUGAAAGAGCUACUAAUGGGUCCCUGUCUACUAAUGGCUGUGUUAAUUGAUUAGUUUUCUUCAUAAAAUGAGAAAUAUCAACAGAUGGCACUUGCAUCCUAGAAAAGUGAUGACCAAAGGACUUCACAGGGCCAACAAGCUUGUUCAGCAAAUGUGCUUUGGUUUUACCAGAAGAGGUUUUAAAGAUUGAGACUGAGAAUGUUGUUGCUUGAAGCAAGGACAGAUAUAAGUGAACAUUUCCCACCUGAGAAUAACCACCAUUAUCUGGGGGCACUGCAGGGGGCACCACAAGACCUGUUAUUUGUCAGACAUGGUGUAGCAGGCCCUUAAAAAAGAUGGACGUUUUAAAAAGAGUUUACUUUAUAUGUAUUAAUAAGCACUUUAAUUGAGGACAGCUCAGAAGGAGAGAUUGUACAAAUUUGCUUUUUGUAGCCAUGCACUUGAAAGGUGCACUUAUUUAAAAAAAAUGCUGUUUUAAUCACUUAAUUUUGAACUAACUUCAGUUGAUCAUUGAAAAAAAGUCAGAACAAGUCAGUAUUUUUGCUUACAUUUCAGUAGAUCAGUUCUGUUACAGAAUGUAAUAUGGCAAUUUUGUGUUGACUUUAAUCUGUAAAUAGACUUUUCAACUAAACUAACAUUGUCCCAGCACUGCAACUAGGAAACAGAGUAAGUAUUAUAAAACGCACGUAAAUCACAAACACGUUGACAUAUCUGAAACUAGUAGCAAUCGUAAAGUUAACUUACUAGUAGUCUCAUUAUAAAGAGUAUGCUGGACAGAAGAAUGUAUGAUUAAAUACUACAACAUUCAAAGCAAUAAGGCCUGUAAAAACAGAACAUAGCUCAUCACCCUGAAGAUAUUGUUGCAGAAAAUGUUUUGUAGAGUGAAAAUGAACAAAUUAGAAUCAGAUACCCAAUUCUGAACUCUUGAUAGCAGUGGUGCUUUUGACCAUGUGUGACAUCAAGGAGCCCAAUUAAAAUGAGAGUAAAUUUGAAUCAGAUAGAAAACUGUUUGCUGGUUGGAGUCAUACCCAAAAUACACAAAGUUUGGCGUUGUUGGUAAUCAGCCAUCUCAGCUCCAAGACAUUUUGAAGGAGGUCCUGAGGCUAGUGUCCUAGACUCAAUCAUCUUCAGCUGCUUUUCAGUAACUUUCCCACCAUCAUAAGGUCAAAGUGGGGAAUGUUCACUGAUUAUUGCACAAUGUUCAGCACCAUUCCCGACUCCUUAGAUAUUGAAGCGCUAUGUAUCCAUAUGCAGUAGACCUGGACAAUAUUCCAGACUCAGGCCGAGAGGUAGUUAGUAACAUUCGACCCACAUAUGCCGGGCAACGGCCCUUUCCGCCAAGAUAAAAUCUAUCCAUUGUCCCUUGACAUUCAAUGGCAUUAUAAUCACGAAAUGUCCCACUAUCAAUAGCCUGAGGUCACUAUUGACCAGAAACUGGACUGUAAACAACAAACAAUAUAGCUACAUGAACAGGUCAGAAGCUAGGAAUCCUGUGACAAAUAAUGCAGCUCCUGAUUUGUCAAAGCCUGUUCAAAAGGCACAGGUCAAGAGUCUGAUGGAAUACUCUACAUUUGCGAGAAUAAGUGCAGCUCCAACAACACUCAACAAACGUGAUACCAUCCAGAACACAGCAGUCCAUUUGAUUGAUACCACAUCAAGCAUUCAUUCCCUCCAUCACUGAUGUAUUGUAGUAGCAGCGUGUACGAUGUAUAAGAUACACUGCAGGAAUUCUUUGACAGCAGCUGCCAACCCAUGACUGCUAUCAUUCAACCAUUAAAAGGACAAGAGCAGCAGAUACAUGGGAACAUCAUCUGCAAGUUCCCUUCCCACUCACCAUUUCUGACUUAUUGCUGUCCCUUAACGGUCUCUGGGUCAAAAUCCUGGAAUUUGCUCCCUAAUGACAGUGUGGAUCGCCCUACAGCAUAUGGACUGUAAGGUUUCAAGAAUGCCACUUAUCAUCUCAAGGGCAACCAGGGAUGGGCAAUAAAUGUUGGCCCAGGCAAUGAAGCCUACAUCCCAUGAAUGAAUAAAAAACAAAAUUAGCAAAGAAAUUAAAGUGUAGAAAUUACAGCUUGUAAAGUAAGCAAACAAGACAGUUAUGGU